AACGCGCCUCUCUCUCUUUCUCUCCCUCUGAAAUCUAUCUAUCUACGUACAGAGAUCUAUGGCUUCUCGCAAGCUACUAUCUACCCUCAUCCGCUCCUCUCUCCGUCGCUCUCCAUCCAAACACUCCAUCCCAAACCCUAGAUGUCCAUCUCCAUCUCCGAUCUCUCGCCCUUCUCCCACUGGAUUCCUCCUCACCCGCGCCGUCGACUACGCGACGGCGGCAGCGGCCCCUGCCCCUCCGUCGGCGCCCCCGGCGAAAGGCACUCCAGGGCCCACCGGCAAGAUCACCGACGAGUUCACCGGCGCCGGGUCGGUCGGAAAAGUCUGCCAGGUCAUCGGUGCUGUCGUCGAUGUCAGAUUCGACGACGGGCUGCCGCCGAUCCUGACGGCGCUCGAGGUCUUGGACAAUUCGAUCAGGUUGGUGCUGGAGGUUGCCCAGCAUCUUGGGGGGAACACGGUGAGGACGAUUGCUAUGGACGGGACUGACGGGCUUGUCCGCGGGCAGCGGGUCUUGAACACUGGGUCACCUAUUAGUGUGCCUGUGGGUAGGGCUACCCUCGGCCGCAUCAUGAAUGUCAUUGGGGAGCCGAUCGAUGAGAGGGGUGAAAUAAAGACCGACCACUUUCUGCCCAUCCAUCGUGAAGCUCCUUCCUUUGUUGAACAGGCAACUGAACAACAGAUUCUUGUGACUGGAAUUAAGGUCGUGGAUAUGCUUGCACCUUACCAGAGAGGUGGAAAGAUUGGGUUGUUUGGUGGUGCUGGUGUUGGGAAGACCGUGCUUAUCAUGGAACUGAUUAACAAUGUUGCCAAAGCUCAUGGUGGUUUCUCUGUCUUUGCUGGUGUUGGUGAACGUACCCGUGAGGGUAAUGAUCUAUACAGGGAAAUGAUUGAGAGUGGUGUUAUUAAGCUUGGAGACAAACAGAGCGAAAGCAAGUGUGCUCUUGUGUACGGGCAAAUGAAUGAGCCCCCUGGUGCUCGUGCUCGUGUUGGGCUGACCGGGCUGACUGUAGCUGAGCACUUCCGAGAUGCUGAAGGGCAGGACGUGCUUCUCUUCAUUGACAACAUUUUCCGUUUCACCCAAGCAAACUCUGAAGUGUCUGCUUUGCUGGGUCGUAUCCCAUCUGCUGUCGGUUACCAACCAACAUUGGCUACUGAUCUUGGAGGCCUGCAAGAGCGUAUUACCACAACAAAGAAAGGUUCCAUCACCUCUGUCCAAGCUAUUUAUGUGCCCGCUGAUGACUUGACAGAUCCAGCUCCUGCAACUACCUUUGCUCAUCUUGACGCCACGACUGUGUUGUCACGACAGAUCUCAGAGCUUGGUAUCUAUCCUGCUGUCGAUCCUCUUGAUUCAACAUCUCGUAUGCUUUCCCCCCGUAUUUUAGGACAAGAGCACUACAAUACUGCUCGUGGUGUCCAAAAGGUUCUCCAGAACUACAAGAAUCUUCAGGAUAUUAUUGCAAUUUUAGGAAUGGAUGAGCUCAGUGAAGAUGAUAAGUUGACUGUGGCUCGUGCCCGUAAAAUUCAAAGGUUCCUGAGUCAGCCAUUCCAUGUUGCUGAAGUGUUCACAGGUGCUCCUGGAAAAUAUGUUGAAUUGACGGAAUCCGUUGCCAGCUUCCAGGGUGUUUUGGAUGGGAAAUUUGAUGAUCUUCCCGAACAGUCAUUUUACAUGGUGGGAGGAAUUGAGGAGGUCAUCGCUAAGGCUGAAAAGAUUGCCAAGGAGUCUACGACCUAAUGGGCUGGUUUUCCUGUUUUAAUGAAUAAUUUGAUUGAUACAGUCAAUGCCUGUAUCCAAAUUUGCAUUUUUGAGGUCACUGCUAUUUGGCUUUCCAUUUUCGUUUUGACAGGAUUGUGUUAGUUUCAGGAAAAGAGCGAUGGCUGGCCCUCAGGGGCGCCUCCUUUUUAUCUGAAUAAAAAAGAUGCGGACAUGUUCAUAA